AUGCUCAAAACUGCUGGAAGAGCGCGUGCGCUCCAUCUCUCGAGCCUAUUGAGGCCAUCGGAGCAGUCGUACACUCUCACCAAGAAAUUCAAUCAUCCUCAGUCUCUUAUGUACGAACUGAUAUCACAGGUCGACAAGUACCACGAAUUUAUUCCCUAUUGCACAGAGUCGUUCGUGCGAGCGCGCGACAACCAUGGACAGCCGUUGGUGGCAGGGCUACGUGUGGGAUUUCAGCAAUUCGACGAAGAGUUUACGUGUGACCUACAGUGCAAGCAGCCUGAAUUGAUUGUGGCUCGUUCCAUCACACAUUCGUUGUUCAACUUUCUGGAAACUAGAUGGACAGUGCAUACUUUGGACGACGAGCACUGCAAGGCUGUGCUGAAUUUGCGCUACAAGUUCAAGAACGAGCUCUACAAUCAGUUGAGUUCCUUCUUUGCCACCAAGGUUGCAAAUUUGAUGUUCCGGUCAUUUGAAAAACGUGCAUUUGAGGUGGCUCAAGGCAGACUGUACGGCAACUAA